AUGUCGGGUCUUGAGAAAGCGCUGUUUAACUUGAAGUUUACAGCGAAACAACUCAAUAGACAAGCUGCGAAAGCCGGCAAAGAUGAGAAGACAGAGAAGGAUAAACUCAAAAAGGCAAUCCAACAAGGGCACACCGACAUCGCCCGAAUCUACGCGCAGAACUGCAUCCGCAAAUCCAACGAACGUCUCAAUCUCCUGCGUCUCGGAAGCCGCAUCGACGCCGUCGCGAGCCGCGUACAAACCGCCGUAACAAUGCGUCAAGUAACAGGCAGCAUGGCGAACGUCGUACGAGGCAUGGACCAAGCCAUGAAAGCCAUGGACCUAGAAAAGAUCUCGGCCGUCAUGGAUCGUUUCGAGACCCAGUUUGAGGAUCUGGAUGUGGCCGCGGGGUAUUAUGAGAAUGCGACGGCGGAGGCGACGGCGGUUGGCACGCCCCAGGAUGAUGUGGAUAGGUUGAUGAAUCAGGUUGCCGAUGAGGCGGGUGUGGAGUUGAGAAAUGAGAUGGAGGGUGUGAAGGUUGAUAAUGCUGCGGUGAAGGUUAAGAGUGGUGGACCUGGGGUUUCGGAGGUCGAGGAGGAUGGCUUGGGGGAGAGGUUGAGGGCUUUGAGGUCGUGAGACCUGUGAGUGAGAGCUGUGGGGGUGAGGGCUGUGGGAGUGACUGAGUGAGUGCCGCUGCUGUGCUUUGCGAUUUUGAUACAUGGGAUAGGAAGGGGGUUGGGCGUUUAUGGGGAAGGCGUUUCUUUUUUGGGGAGCGAAUUGUCAUAUUCGGGUCUUCUUCUUUUGCGCUGUAUCGGGAUUGGUAGAUACAGUAUAUGACAUAAC